AUGUCACUGUUGAAUGAUAAAGACUUUGAGGAACUGAUACCACCCUCUCUCAAUCUGUUUAUUUUACCUCCAUACCAGACCAGCAUCCAUCAACAUUAUGUUGAUGAGGUGCGUCCACUCAGUCAAAUCAAUGAUUCUUCACCGUUGGAAUUUCAAGUAACGAAUGCUGGAAGGGAUUACAUUGACCUGAACCGUACCCGCAUACAUGUGAAGCUCAAGGUGAAACAUGCAGAUGGCACUGAUCUUGAUGACAAGGAACAUAUUGUCCCUGUCAACUUGUUUCUGCAGGCUCUCUUUUCCCAGGUGUCAGUGUAUCUGCAGAAUCAGUUGGUAUCUUCUACAAACAACCAUUAUGCUUACAAGAGCAUGAUGAAAACUCUACUCAACUAUGGAACAGAAGCUAAAACUUCACAGCUGUCAUCUCAACUCUUCUACAAAGAUGUGUCUGAAUCUAUCAAUGAUGUAGAAUCGACCGAUCCCUACACUGGUCUCAAUACAGGAGUGCAAUCUCGUGGUGGCUUCAUUAAUAAUAGUAAAGUCUUGACCAUGUCGGGGCCAUUGUAUGAAGAUAUCUUUCACAUGAACAGACAUUUAGUCAAUGGAGUGGAUUUGACAAUGAAGCUGUACCGCUCCUCACCCCAGUUCUGUUUGAUGAGUGGCAAAACAGGUCAAGAUUACAAGGUAGAAAUUCUGGAUACCUACCUGAAGGUGUGUAAACUGAAAGUCAAUCCAGCUCUUAUUUUGGCUCACAACACCUUGUUUCAAGACAGCAAUGCUCUGUAUCCUUACACCAAAAGCGAGGUCAAGGUGACAAGCAUCCCCACCACUCAACUGACACAUACCAUUGACAAUCUGUCAAAUCCUAUUGCUAAUCGUUACAUUGUAGGCUUUGUACUCAGCAACAGCUUGAAUGGAUCUUACACUGGUAACCCCUACAACUUCCAAUCUAGUAUGGUGAAAAACAUCAGCCUGUACAUCAAUGGUGCCAGUGUCCCCGGACGUCCCAUGCAGGCAGAUGAUGUUGAGUCCUAUGUGCAGAUGUUUGAUGGGAUGUGUCUGUGGAAAGAAAAUACGGGAAACGGAAUCACUCGGAGCGACUUUUUGCUUGGGAGUGCCCUGUUCGUCUUUGACAUUGAUAAAGUAUGCAGUGAUAAAGUAUGCAGUGAAACCGACUAUCUGAAUCUGUUGAAAUCUGGUAGCACCCGAUUAGAAAUCGAGUUCAAAAACGCCCUCACUGAAACACUCAGUUGUGUUGUUCUGAGUGAAAGAAAUUCCCUCAUUGAAAUUGACAAGACCAGGAACGUGUUUGUGAAGUAA